AAGGAUCUGGAGGGAGCUGGCUGCCCAUAAACUGGUGGUUAUUGCCCGAACGACGCGUUGAGAAAUCAGCCAGGGAAGAAACCCGUGUGGUAUCAACGUAUCAACCCGCGGGACAGAAUGCACAGGAAUACGAUGGGUGGGUCAACAGUACCUACCGCAGCACCGGCAUCACCACCACCACGGCCGCCGCCAGCAGCAGCGCCAGCCACGCCUAGAGAUCGAGGCGCUCUUCUGGCCGCUCUCUCCGACGCACUUGCAGGAGCUCUGGGCAGUGUCGUGGCGGUUGCCGUCUUCUACCCCAUCGAUAUCGCCAAAACAAGAGCACAGGCAUCGUCGCCCGUCACCACGCGCAGUCGUCAUGAUCAUGAUGAGAGUAGCGGUGGAUACGAUAGUAAUACGGAGGAAGGUUCCACCGCACCAGGGGGUGGAAGAGUCGGCAGCAGGAACACCGCGCGAGCGGCCGACGGUCGGCGGCGAGUGUGGUUCCGGAGCCGAACCCUGGCCGCGCUGUUGUCAAUCGUCAGGACGGAGGGGGGCUUACCGAGGCUGUACGAGGGCAUCGAGGCGAAGGUGCUACAGGCGUUGUUGGGAAGCUUCGUCUACUUUUACGCGUACGCUUUCAUCAAGGGGCUCCUGCGACGGCGGGCAGCGGGAGGCGGUAGCGGCGGAGGCGCCUCCAAGCCGCUCCGGCCUUCUCUCAACCUACUCGCCGCAGCGAUGGCCGGUGCUGUGAACCAGGCAUUCACGCUCCCGCUCGAAAACAUCACGACUAGGAUGCAAACAGCACCGCAGUGCACCCCGUCGGUGGAAAACAACGACGGAGAGGGAGCAGGGGGGAGGGGGGGUCAUGGUGCGAUGGAAGGGUCAUCGCGUCUGGACGGUCGCAGGUGUGGCGUAGGCAAUGAUACCAACGGCAGAUGGAGAGAUCCAGUCCCAGCAAUGACGGCGAAAGUGACGCAGACAGCAGGCGACAACCAAGCUCCUAUCAAGCGGGGGCAGCGGCGUCCGCGACAGUCCGUUGCCGCCGUUACAGGCGAGCUUUACAGGGAGGGCGGGGGGCUAGGCCGCUUCUGGCGCGGGUUCACCCCGUCUCUUAUCCUCACGUGCAACCCGGCGAUAAACUACACGGCGUUCGACAUCCUGAAGGCGUUGUGGCUCCGAAGAAGAGACGCAGCGGCCACUGCUGCCGGUACUGUAAGCAGCACAACAGCGGGGGCUUCUGCAGUCGGUACCUCGGGGGGGGGCACGGAUGGGUUUCUGAACCCUCUGGAGGCAUUUUUGGUGGCGGCGGCGGCGAAGUCGCUCGCCACCCUCGUCACGUACCCUCUCAUCCGCGCCAAGGUUGUGCUGAUGACCUCGCCGUCGUCGCCCUCCGCACCCAUCGUUGAUCGUCGAAGUGGAAACUGUUCGUCUCCCGCGGUGCCUCCAGCGGCGUCGGCAAGUCAGCUCAUAACGCCGAAGGGACACGUUUUCGGAAGCUGUGGUUCCGGUAGGAUAGGCGAAGCUACCGACGAGGGAAGCUAUGGAGGAGACGAGAGGUUAUCGAACAACGGUGAAGACCGCUCGGCCGCCGCCGCCGCCGCCGCCACGAGGAUGUCCGACAGAGGAGGGUCAGGGCAUCCGAUCGAUGCGAGUUUCGGAUCUGCCGCUGCAGAGUCCACCGUCGCUGCCUCCUCGGCUUCUGCCGUGGACAGAGGGGAGGGGACAACUGGCGGCGAGAUGCACAGCAUGGCCACCGUGUUGGUGGACAUUUUCCGACGGGAGGGUAUCGGGGGCUUGUACGCGGGCUGCGGUGCUCAGCUUCUGCACACCAUUCUCAAGAGCGCGUUGCUCCUGGCGACCAAGGAACAAAUAGCAAGGGCAGCAGCGUCCGCGGUAUUUUUGGGUGGCAGCAGUAGAGGCCGGGCCGCUGGUUUCGCGAAGCCACCCGCAGCUUCCCGCUGAAGUGGUGGCCACGAUGGCCUGGCGCAGGACGCAGAUGUCUCGUCAUGCUGGCGCCAAGAGUGAGCAUGUUACCUCGAUGCUAGGGUGAUUUUCGGGACAACGAUGCCGUACUCCGGCGCCACUGUAUGGUGGUGGGCUGGUGUAACCCGAAUUAGUCCCGUUUCCAGGAAGCUUGGAUUGAAACGAAAAACGGCUGUGGUCUGUUCGGGUGAUGUGCAGAACAUGGCGAUGGAGAGGGUUGCGUCAAUGCUUUGGUAACCCAUGCGUUGGAAGCGGUAGGCAGCAGCCUGAAGGGCAGAUGAUUUAAUGUCUUGCAAGUUUCGAUAUUUUUUUCGUCGGACACUUGUGCCGGAAGUGGACCAGUCAUGAUGUGAAUGCGAUCGCCCUUCCUCGGAACACAGGUGUCGAUGGUACAACAUUUUUGCAAUUUGCUGCAAUUUUUGCAGAACCUUCGUAGUUUUUUUCUAUCCAGGAAACAUGUUGGAUACAGCAUACAAUCGGGGAAGUUUGGUGAGGGUUAGAGUUAGAGAAGAUAGGGUCUGCGUACCCCCUUCCUGUUGUAUUUCCUUACAAUACUAAAUUUCCCGCGAAGGCGUCCAAUUUUUGGGGUGUUUUGUGUGGGAUCGAUGGCCAUGAAUCCUGCCCUGUAUUGAUCCCAUGAGAUUGUGAUUAAGAGGGCUUGUGCGUUCGGAGUUGCGGUAAAACGUACAACAGGCUCCGGAGCGGCACUGUGCGGCGUAGAUGCUGGAAGGAGAGUAGGGACUUGGUGCCAGGUCUGUAUUCGAUGCAACACCAGAGGGUGUGGUGCAUUGUACCCCCCUUCAGCACUUGUUGAGAC